AUGAAUAUCGCGCAAAAAGUUUUUGACUGUAUUAAACCAGUUAGAGUCAUCAAACCACCAGGUUGGCAAUGCUGCAAUGGACAUGUACUGUGCAAUAAUUGCCGCAGUCGUUCUGUCAAAUGUCCUGUCUGCCGAGUGCCGUUGGGACCCAGAGGCAGGUGUCUGCUAUCCGAUAAAUUGUUUACACUACUAGCAGAUAAUUUUCCAUGUGAUGGUGUGAAAAGCAACAAGAGCACACCAACCCAGCAGAGGAAAUGCACAGCGGAUUAUCAUAAUCACCCAAAGAUGGCAAUUGCAACAAAACCGUGCGAACAGCAACAAUUUCAACAGCAAAUUAAAACCAAAGAAAUUAAGAAAAAGUUUAAAUCCUUAUAUCGUCAACAGGAGCAACAACAACAACAACAGCAGCAUCAACAACAACAACAGCAGCUGCAACAACAGCAGCGAUGUCAGUCUCCACGACAAGAGCACAAGACUCAUCAACAACAGCACAAUUGCCAAGAAAAACUUAAUAAAAACGGCAACACACAGGAUGUGAUGGUUACUGUUGUUGUGAAUGAUGUUGCUGUGGUGAAGAGUGUUGCAGAAAUUUUGCAAAGAGAAGCGGAACAACAACAACAACAGCAGCAGCAACAACAGCAACAGCAAGAACAACAAGAACAAUUAAAAACAACAGUGCAAUAUAAUUGUAAAGUUCCAGCCGAAACUAAUAGCAACAAAAGUGACACAAGUAGAAGCAAAAAUAACAACAACAAUAACAAUAAUAGUAUCUGGAACAGCAACAGUAGUUGCAAUAGCAACAAUGAAGCUGACACUGACAAUAACAUAAGCUUGCGGCGUAAAAGUCGAACAACCAAAGUCCAUCAACAUCAACUAAACGAGAUGAAAAUAUUAAAAAGUCACGAGCAAAAGCAAUUGCUUAACAACGACAAGAACAACAAUAACAACAACAACAACAUCAAUAGAAACAUUGACAGCAACAACAAUGAAAGCAUUUCUGAUAACAAUAACAAUAGCCACAACGGAAUAGCAUUGUCCGUAAAAAUGUCCAGUGCAAGUGUCAACAAUACAGUCCAAGAUUCUUAUAACAUUAAUAGCAACAACAACAGCAAUAGCAACAACAACAGGAACGCUUCCAAUAAUAAUAACAACAACAAAAACAAUGUUGAUAGAGAAUUGCUCGUUAAACAGAAGUUAAAGUCAAACAGGAAAGCUACAGAUUACUACAUGUUCAAUGUUGACGAUGAGCAAAAGACGCAUCACCACCAGCAACGGCAACAACAGCAAGAACAUCAACAGCAGCAAGAACCAAGCAAUAACUAUAGCAGUAAUAAGAUUAGGGUCCAAAGUCACGAAUUGGAAGACGAUGAAGUUACAAUUGUAAAUAAUGGAAUGCCAACAAAUAAACUACAACAGCGACAACAAAAACACCAACAAUAUCAACAACAACAAGAAUAUCAGCAACUAAAUCAGCAACAACAAUAUCACAAUUAUCAUUGCCCUACUGGGAAAUCAUGUAGUUGCAGCUACGUGAAAACUUCCGGCACUGCAAUGGCAGUGACUAAGACAGCAAUGGGGGUUGCAAUGUGCAACAACAGCAAUACAAAUAAUAACGUUAGCAGCGACAACAACAUAAAUAAUAGAAAGAACAACAACAGUAAGUUGUCAACAACAUGGAUGACAAAUGGUAUAAAGUUAUCACAAUUUGAUACUGCUGCUACUCUCCCCAUAAUAAGUGCGACUGUUGCUAGUUGUGAUGAACUCAUGUUGAGCCAAACAACACCAACAGCAGCAACAAAAACAACAUCAGCGACAGCAGCAACAAAAACAACAAAAUUAUUAAAUGUUGGUAGUUUAUCAUGCAAGAAAAGUUGGGCAACGGAAUUGUCGCAAGGGAAUCGUUUACCUGAAAGAAAAGUUGCAGUGAUGCAAGUACAAAAUAAUAUCACAAACACACCUACAACUAGUAACUAUAGAAUGCCAACAACAACAAUAGCUGCAGCAGCAAUAACAGCAACAACAACAGCAAUAACAACAAAUAUGACGUACGACGACUCGCAAGGAAAUCAAAACUUUACUCAGCAUAAUUUGGCAAAGACGUCUCAGGUGCAUAACACAAAUUUAAAGAAACAACAACAGCGACAACAACAGCAACUGCAACAACAGCAGCAGCAGCAACUACAUGAAGUACUUGUAGAGCAGCCACAAAAUGACAUUCUAAGGCUGCCCUUGCAUACGGAAUGGCAGAUCCUGGCACAUUUGUCACGUGAGCAUUGCCUACCGGUAUUACAAUAUUAUGGCACGUAUAAUCAAAAAAUCCAUGUCAAUUUCAUGUAUAACAAAUCGAUAGUAUGUCUCAAUCUCAUGCAGCAGCAGCCACAACAGCAGCAACAAUAUUGCAACCACCCACAAGAAUUGAAAAAGGAUUAUGCCAUAAAUGCAAAUAACUUAAAUUAUGAAAAUGUCAACAAUUACCAAAUGGAUAAAUUCUUUUUGGCUUGUAUUCCAUUGUAUGACAGCAAUAUAAAUGCAGAACAAGCAACUUCACUAGCAGCAACAACAACAACAACCAGAGCAACAACAAUGACAUCUUCAACUGCAGCAGCAGCAGCAGCAGCAAACAAACAUACGGAAACGGAAACAACAGUUCCAACUGAAAAAUUUGCAAUAUUUCUGUGGCAUUUACUUGCCACUGACAAUGUUGCGGCUUCAAUGACAAUUGCAACUGCAACAACAACAACAACACCAACACCAACACCAACACCAACAGUAGCAACCGUAAGAACUUCAACCAUUGCCGCAGAUAAUGCUUACAGUGUUGCCACAGCCACUGCAAUUCCAGAUAGAACAAAUAGUAAUGCUACUCAACGUAAUUUCACCUCUGUUGACAGUCGCCAUUUUGAAACUAUAAUCGAAUCGCAACGCACCGGUAUUAAAUGGUUUGGUCGUUCGCAAUCGCUGAUGAAGAGCUGGUACGAAAUCGAAGCCGAAGGACAUUUUCUUACACACGAAAUACCCGCACAGCUCAAGGAUUCUGAUGCAUUGGAAAUUGUCAUCAGAAUAAAAUAGAUUUUUACUGCAUUUACGUGUCCGCUUAAAUCCGAGCAUAUUCCGAGGAAGUUGGAGUUGUGUACUUAUGCUUGUGGGUGGAAAAUUGUUGCUGUCGAUUCUGGAGGCGGACAGAAGGAGGAAUUGAAAGACGCCGUCGUCAAGUACGUGAUUUUUUACUUAACAAAAUGUAAGCUGCACUGAUGACUUUCUGUGCAAUUCUGUUAUAUUAAAAUGGCGUGGUUGCUAAGUAAAAAUAUAUAAAUAAAUUUAUAAAUAAAUAUAUAUAAUGUGUGUAAUGCACAUUCUCCAUAUGCAAAUAUAGUAGUAAUAUAUCGCCUGGAGCAAUUCAAAUUCCAGGCACAUACCAAAUGAAAAUUCCGAUGAAAAUUGUCAAUAUUAAGUUAAGGGAUAAAAGGCAAUAUGGAACAAAGAAUAAUAAUAUUAG